GGAAGGAGGACGACGGGCAACGCGGGGGGAUGGACAGGAGGAUGCUUCUAGAUGGGGACCGGACGGCAGACGUGGCGGUGGACCUGCCCCACGAGCUGACCUUCUUGGAGAUUGAGACGUCGCUGCCGAAGCUGAGUCCGUUGCCUGUCUCGGGCGGGUCAGGGUGAGUGACUUUUUUGUACUGGGACGUCUGAGCGGCCUCCGGUUGGCUGACCCGGGAAUAGGGACGAUAUGUUCUUGUUUUCGACUACUGCCUCGCUUGAGUUCGUGUUUCGGCCCUGCAAGGCCGAGGACGCGGACGAUGUUCACGUCAUGGUCGUGGGGACGGCCGACGGGGGCAUCCAUCUCAGCAUCUACGACUCAUUUGUCAUCGGGACCUUAAGGCACUCGCCUCAAGGGGAUGGUAUCUUCCAGCUGUGCGGGCACAGCGCUCGCCCGGAGGUCUCCACACACGCACUCCUGCUUCGGCCUCAGUCGGGGGACGGGACCGCGCUCUACCUCGUGCCUAUGGACCUCACAUUCUUGCGCCACUCGCCCGUGAACCUUUCGCUUCUGGCGUCCAAAACCACCACGCUGCAGAACCUGCUGCGAUAUCUGAAACAGACGCAAUCCCACAUGGUCAGCGAAUGGAAGUCCUCGAGGGAGCUGCCAAGCAGGUUCAUGCUUGGGGUGCAAGACGGCCUGAAGAAGAUGGCCAACGGCGAGAUGACGGUGGUCCAAGCAUUGUAUCACGCCGUCGUGACGGGCCAUUUCUUCCCCCCUGUGAAGGAGUGGCUGCUAGAUAGCAUUGCUGAGCGGGGCCACAAGCGCUGGGAGAAGGCUGUGGUCUCCGGCCUGACCAGCCUCCGCAGUCUGGUACAUGAGAACUUCAUGCCAGCACUGGAGCGGUGCGCCAUCAUCCUCAGCCGUCUGCUCGGUAUUGCCCGGUUCCAUGACUCCGAAGAAGGCCUUGGAUUUGAUAAAGGGCAGAUCAAGAAGCUCAUCGAUAUUGUCUCAUGUCUGACGAUGGUGGCGCACCGGGUGCUGACCACCGUCAUGGACGAGCUGGAGCACUUCCAUGCUUUCUCGAUCUGGCUGCGGUUUGAGAUCGACAAGCAGGGCUCCCCGUCGGCUAACGAAGAGCUUUCCGAGAAGGAAGCGACCAUGGACCACGUCAAGGUGCUGUCGUACAUCCAGCACUACUUGACAAAGAACCCGUUGGCAUUGUACUUUGACGAGGUCGCCAAAGAGGACUACCUCAGGGACCAGGAGAUGAUCGAGCCGGGCCCGUCUCUCCUAGACCUGCUUGACAAGCAGUUGCAGGAGCAGGAGGCCGGUCGGCCGUACAUGAAGGUGCUGCCUCGGGUGGACUUCUUGGUCAACUACCUGACCUCCAGGGCCAACGUUGUUUUCAAGGGUAUUGCCGAAGCAGAGAAGCAGAGUGUCCAGUUUGGUCCAGCGACCGAAGUGUCGAUUGGAAGCGGGAUCUGGAAACACGACGUGUGGAUGAACCGGCGGGACAAGAAGGAUAACACUACUUCGGUGUUCACCGCCUUACUCCCGGAAAACGACAGGACCGAGAUCUACGUUAUACGCUCCGACGUAGCAGUCGAGAACGGUGUUGACCGCCCGAGCUUAACUCGAGCCUGUGGUUUUCGUUUACCGCAGAAGGCGACGAUUGUUGACUUCAAGUAUCUCGAUGACGAGACUCUCCUCGUGCUCUGUAGUCGAACAGAGGAACCGAGCUCGGUGCUCCUACGCAUCGCGUACAAUUCGGCCGAUGUGCGCUACCAAGAGUACACACCAGGACAGAGACCUACCGUCGUGGCUCUCACCGACAGAGUCGGGUCAUAUUUUGCCUUCUCUGACGUGGCUGGCUUCACUCCAAGCCAGAUGGAGGUCCAGAGACCGAGCAAGCUAAGGGGCGAGAUGCCAGCCAGGGUCUGUCUCCUGGGACAUGAUCGGGCCAUGUACAAGGUCUACGCGUUCCCGGCAGACUAGGGAGAAGGCGAGCCAUCAGUCUUAGCAUUGGGUGUGUCCGAGGGACGGGAUCCGAGGAGAUGGUCCAGGUCACGUUGGAGUCUAGGACGGAGCCAACGGCAUGAGACAUGAUAUGUGGAGACGAUCCUGGAUGUCGGUGCGUUGCCGACGGGAAUUAAAAAAUCUCGACAUGAGCAUGCAGUCCUCGGCUGGAAGCACCUGCUGGGAUGUGUUUAUCUUUGGUUGAUCCUCAGCCGGUGUUUGUUUCCGGGGCUCCAACUACUCUGGCAAAACGAGCUGCAGGA